AACAAGUACCUCUACCAAGUAUUGAUCAUCUUCUGAAAUUCUUUCAAUAUGUCAACUAGAGGCCCAUCAUGGAUAACUCUGAAAUUCAGAGGUGUUCUUGAAGUGGUUCGUGCCACCAAAUUUCAAUCAAACUAUGUUGCAUCACUACAGAGAAAUAGACCAAUUGUGUCAGCUGCUAGAACUGAAACAAGUUAUUGGAUGCAUCCUGGCCAGCAUUUGUACAGCACCAAUAGCAUCACAAGAACUAAUCCAAAAGGAAUAAAGGAUGUGAAGGUUCAACCUGAAGCUCCUCCACCUGCACCUGCUUCUAAAUUCUUCACAUUCUCUAAAUGGCUAAGAUGGGUUUUGGGCAUGGUACUUUCUCUCCUGCUACCUUUCUGGAAACCUUACUGGAAACAACUACAGAUAAUGGAAGAAGAGGCAGAGGUUGUGGUUGAAGAGGUUGAGGAGGUGGCAAAAGUGGUAGAAAAAGUGGCAACGGUAGCAGAGAAGGUAUCUGAAGAUGUAGCAGAGAUGCUUCCUAAGGAUGGAAAACUAAGAAAAACAGCUUUAAUGGUAGAACAUGCAUCAGAACAGGCUCUUCAUGAUGCUCACCUAACUCAAGAAUUUGUACACAAAGUUGAAGACCUCAAGAAUAACCUGGAUGAUCUAGAAGCCUUUGUAGAACCCGUAAUUGACAAGAUUGCAAAGAUAUAACCUCAGAAUAAUUCAUGCAAAAAUUAAAUUACUUCUCUUGUAUGUUUUUGUUUUUGUUUGUAUUACUAUACAGCAAAUCUCUGCAUAUUUUUAUUUAUUUAUUAAUUUGUAUUAUUUGACACUUGAGCUAUUUGUUAAUCUCUUCUUGUUAGAGAUAGAUCAAAUUUGUAAAAGUUUAUAAAAUUAAAGUUAAUGGUUCACUUUA